GCCAUGUAUGUAGUACGUGCAUCACCCCAGCACCUCUCGAGCGCCACUAUAAAGCCGUGCCAUAUCCAGAAGGGAACUGCUCAUCACACAAAUUAAAGCCGCCAAGAGUCCCAGCAGAUCGAUCGAACAGCUAGCUAGCUAGCUAUAUAGCGAGAGGGCUCCAUCCAUAUCCAUCCAUCUGCUACUGCUAGCAGCUGCUGGCUGUUGCUGCUUGCAUUGAGAUGUGGAUGAUCAGCGCAGGGCGCAUGGAGCAGUGGGCGCCGACGGCGGCAAUGGUGGCCACCAACGUCGUGAUCGCCGUCAUGACGGCGCUGAUCAAGCAGGCACUGAGCCUGGGCAUGAACAGGCUGGUCCUCAUCACUUUCCGCCAGAUGGUGGCCACACUGUUCCUUGGACCCAUCGCCUACUUCAAGGAAAGGAGGAUGAGACCGAAGUUCACUUCCGAGAUCUUCGUGUACAUGUUUCUCAGUGGAAUUCUUGGGCCGGUGCUGCUUCAGUACACACUGUUUGUCGGAUUGGAUUACACGACGGCAACAUUCGCUGCAACGUUCGGAAAUAUGCUUCCAGUGGUUACUUUCCUGAUAUCACUUGCUUUCAGUACCCAGCUUCACCAGGUUCGAAGCACUGGAGGUGAAGAGCAAGUCGGGGAGCGCCAAGAUCUCAGGGACGCUCAUCUCCCUCGGCGGCGCAAUGAUGCUCACCUUCUACAAGGGUUCAGCACUGACACAAACCACCACCGCCGCCACGUCGUCUCCAGCAUCCAGCGGCGGCGGCCACAUCAGGCAACAAGCCGGAGAGCACGGCACGGUCCGGUGGGUGCUGGGCUCCGUCUCCAUGCUGGCCAACGUCGUCGGCUUCGCGCUGUGGCUGCUCCUGCAGCGGAAGUUCACCCGCAAGUACCCGGCCGUGUACUCGGCCACGGCGUUCAUGUCGCUAUUCAGCUUCGUCCAGGCCGGGGCGCUGGCCCUGUCGAUCCAGAGGACCAGCCUUGCCGUGUGGGCCCUCAGGGGGACCGUGGAGAUCGCCACGGUGGUGUACUGUGGUGUAGUGGCGUCUGGCAUUGGGUACCUGCUGCUCACCUACUGCGUGGAGAAGAGAGGCCCCGUGUUCACUGCCGCCUUCAGCCCGCUCGCCCAGAUCUUCGUCGCCGGCAUCGAUCUCUUCAUCCUCCACGAGCCUCUCUACCUCGGAAGCGUGCUGGGGUCAGUGCUGGUUAUUCUCGGGCUCUACCUUGUACUGUGGGGCAAGAGAGAGGAAGCUGCUGCUGCUGCUGCUUCGGCAAAGCCAGUGCAGGCCGAGGUAGAACAGCAAGAGAAAGUGUGAUUUUUUUCCCUUUAUUGUUCAUCAAAGUACAGUGUGCCAGAGCAGGAACGAACAUAAUUAACUAGAAGCAGAAGCCUGUGUGAGUGUGUGACAGAGCGAGUGCAUAUGAUCUUCGAGCUCUUACUGCUGCUUGUAUUCUAGUGCUGCUAGGUUAUAUAUCCCCUAAAUCUAUGUAUACUACUGACCAAUAUAACGCAAGAAAAUGUAUGCUGAUCGAUCGAUCGAAAUGCUGUGAAAUUCUCUCUCAA